AUGAAAGGAACAAUCGCUGUCGAGGAAGCGAUCAUAGAUCCAGCAGGAGUCGAAGCUCACACAUUUGCCCAAUUUCAGAGUCUGAUGCGACCAGGUAGCGACCCAUCGCAAGGACUCUCAGCACACGAGCGACGCCUGCUUGAUAUUCAUGACGAGCGAUUGAAGAAAAUGGAUGAGCAUGGUGUGGAGUACAUGCUCUUGUCUUUGACCUCACCCGGAGCUCAAGGUGAACCAGAUGCUGAAAAAGCGAAGAGCAUGGUACGAGUAGCGAAUGACUACCUGGCAGGAGAGGUGAAGAAGAACCCCAAAAGAUUCGGAGCCUUCGCUGCACUGUCGAUGCAUAAUGCACAAGAUGCUGCGGAUGAGCUUACGAGAGCGGUCAAGGACCUAGGCAUGUUUGGCGGGCUGGUGAACGAUUUUCAAUCCAAAGGUGCCGAAGGAGAAGAAAAGGUGUACUUUGAUACACCGGAUUACGAACCUUUCUGGGCUGUCGUACAGGAGCUUGAUGUUCCGAUAUACUUCCACCCACGUUACGCUAUCCCACAGGAUCUCAAGGCUGGGACCAAGUAUGGCGAUCGAAAACACCUGCUUGGCGCAGGUGUGCAGUUCCAUCUAGACUUGAGCUGGCACUUGUACGCGAUUUGCUCCUCGGGUAUCUUCGAUCGCUAUCCGAAGAUUCAGAUCGUGGCUGGGCAUCUAGGAGAAGGCAUACCAUUCAAUCUUUGGAGAGCAAGUCAUUGGAUCAACCACCCCUUCAAGCGCGGUUCGCGACCCAUGAAACAGGACUACUCGUACUACUGGACGCACAAUGUUUCCAUUACCACCUCGGGGAACUUCAACACGCGAGGUCUCAAGUACUGCAUUGAUGAGAUAGGCCUAGAUCGGUGUUUGUUUGCAAUUGAUACACCGUACGAGACUGUGGAGGAAGGACAAACCUGGUGGAAAUCGGUGGAUUUGUCGGAUGAUCAGAAGGCGGCUGUGGCAAGGAAGAACGCGAUUAGGCUGUUCAAACUGCCUCUUGAAGAGUAA